GGAUGUAGUAAUCUUUAAAUACCAACCUAUGCAGUUCUCCGAAAAAUGCCGACAAUUAAUGAUAAGAGUCACGUGGGCGAUUUUUACGUCAGAGGUGAGCUUCCUGCAAAUUCUCGCUUUAUCUUAAACAAAACAAUGAAAGAAGCCUCGUCAGAUAGAUUUUCUCUUGCUCCUGAAGAAAUAAGACCCUUUAAUUUUGAGCCCUUAUUAAAUCAAACUCAAAGCAGCAAUAGAAGUGAAUCUGAAGAUUCAGAGGGAGGUGAUUUGGAGGAGGAUAAUGCAGUAGCUGUAAUUGGAACCCGCAGAGAGAAUUUAACAUGGUGUGUCUGUGAAAGGUGCCAAGUAAUGGAAACAAAUGAAGGAUGUUUAUGCUGCCAUGAAAUUGCACCCAUUUUGGAAAAAGUAGAAGCAAAGGAGUUAAAGUGUAGCACAGAACAUGAUGGGUUUCAGGGAAAUUGCCUCAAGGUUGACGUCCUGGAAGUCUCCAUGUAUGAGUUUGUAGACACUGAUGGGCCCCCAUGAUGACAACGAGCCAACACAUGAGUAAGAUAAUGUAUACAUAUAACUUUUCUUAUAAAAGUUUUUGAUUUUUUCCUUGAAACAUGUCAAGUAAAUUAUGAUAUAGGAUUUUCCUCAUGGUUAAUAUUAUUUUAAAGAUUAUAUAUAUACUUGGCCUA